UUCUUGCUUGUUCAGAAACGGUGUUGAUCUGGACGCAUUUGGUACUCGUAGUCUAAUAAGCUGCACAUUCCGAGCGGAUUCCAGAGUCUGUACUUGUAACGUUAACCUAUAUUGCCUGUUUCAGAACACUUCUAUAUCUUCAAAGAAAUUAACCAUAACCUGCAGAGAAAUCUUGUGCUCCCAUCUCCCAUCUGUUACAACAAUGUCCGACAUCCAUACCAUUAAGGUCAGCAUUCGGAAACCAGCUGGUGUUCUCCUGGUCCUGUCGGCUGUGGAAAUCGCUCUCGGGAUUGUGGCAAUUCCCGCCAAUGUUUACAAUCUCCUGUUCGGUUGGCUGAACACUCCCGGACAUUAUCCGAUUCUCCAGCUGGUUCUGCUGACCUUUAGCUUGGCGCUAAGCGCGUGGCUGCUGGUGGUUGGCGCGUCCGGUCUCGUGUACAGCGGACGUUUGCGAGCUCUCCGGCCCGGCUUUAAGAUUGGCAGCCUAUCCAACAACCUGAUCAUCCUGAUUCUCGUGCAUGCCUUGUACCUGGCUCUACUCUUCAUCUUCUGGUACUUUAUGCUGGCUGAACGGAUCCACGCCAAACAGCUUCUGCGCACCAUGCACGCUGUCACGGCCACGUUCUACGUCCUGGAGGCUGACGUCAGCGGAUCACUGAACAUGGGAGCACUGUUGCUGCUGAUGAUCGCUACGAUUGUCGUUAUGGUGGUGGCGCGCUGCUACUGCGGUACCAUCUUGUCGGCGUUCGAUGACAUCCUGCGGUGUGAGCGUGAACAGCAGCAGAUAAAGCUAAUCAACGCUCCACCAUUGUAUUCCGCGGUGCCCCAAGAACCGGCUGAGGAUAAGGUUUAAGCAUCUGACCGGCAGAAAUCAAUAAUAACGCGGUGGACGACGUAGCUCUUCUGAUCAGUCACGCAGAAACACUAACUACAAGACAGUAUAAGGAUGCCACAUCAUUUACCGGCAAUUUUGGCGCUAAUGGCGUAACAGUUUACCUCAUUGAUUUGACUGCACUUGGCUUUCUCAUUUCUGCAACAAGGGAUAUCUGCUUGCUUAAAACAUGAAAAACUGUAUUUAUGGUCAUUGCCAUUGUCAUUGAAUUUCUUUGCAACCAGGGUUUCGUUUCCGUGAAUCGAUUUCAUAUGUGUCGAUGUUCCUAAAGGAUAAGUGAAACAUAUGUUCAAUUCUUCUUUAAACUG